GCUAUGUAGUAUUUAAUAUUUAUAUUUUGUAUUGAUAUCUUUUCAGCUAAAGUGAAGACACGAAGAGGACUUCCAUGUUGCCUGUAGAUGACUAUUUUGCCUGUUUUUCUGUAAUGGAUUAGACAAUUUCAGCAGAUGUAGGAGUUUUACAUAGAUUCCGAUACAAUUUGGGCAAGGAUGAUCCAACAGUUUCAAACUAUGGCGCCAUCGUUGUUUGCAAUACUGCUGACGAUAACAAAUCUUUGCUCAAAAAUGCAAAACAUUCGAGCAGAGGAUACGAUAAAUCCACCUUACAUAAUUGAAACGCAUAUAAAUGGGCCACUCACCACCGACAACAAAAUCAGAUUGGAACCUUUAGACAAUAAUGCUAUCUUUGAAAUUCCCGUGAACAUGCUUGAAAUAUUCUGGCUAAAUAGUUCAAUUCAUUCUAUUUCAAUUAAAUGGGCACUAGAUCCUAAUUAUAACCUUACUGGGUUCGUAAAAGACUCGGUGGUAGAAUAUUUCCCAAAAGGUGGACGAUUUACGUCACAUCCUUUAUCAAGUGACGUCAGAGAGUAUACAUUUGAUAAUUUAGAGGCUGGAACAAUGUAUACUCUUUGUGUUCAUAUGUUAGAGAUAUACGGUGAAGGAAAUUAUAGCUCGAUUAAUCAUUCAAAAUGUGUUAAAAUCAACACCAUAGAUUAUAUACGCAGAGAUAGUGUGGUGAUAAUGAUAAUUACUUUAGGAUACUAUGCAUUUAUGGGACUUAUAGGGUAUACGCAAUGGAAACGUCGGCUGAUGAGGAUAAGAAAUAAUACAAAAAACAGAUAUAGCGAACCUCCAGAGGAAAGAAAUGAAAAUCAGAAUGUUUGUGUAAUGCGAUGGCGUGAUUUAGCGGAAAAAGAACGCCUUAUGUCAAAUCCCGGACGUUCUAUAGAAGGAGAUACAACAUAGGUGCUGUCGAUUUUAGGAAUGUUUACGUCUCGUAGGACAAGAAUUGUAAUACACAUGUACAUGUAUUUGUGUUUUUCAAACGAGUUUCCAAGAUCUCUCUGUUCUGAAAGACAGUCAAUGUUAACAUUGCAUACCUACGUUAUAUGUGAAAAAUUGAUUUGCACAGCAUAUUUUUCUUUUGUAACAAAAGGCAUUAUUGGCAAGUUAAAUCUUUAGCAUAAAAUCAAAAGUGAUGCAAGGCUUAUUUUCAAAGGGAUUACUACAUGCAGAUGUAACAUGCAGAAACCGUUAGGUCAACAAGGUCAAGGUUGUUUAGAAAAUGACAGUAAAUAGUACCAGGAAACCUUAAAAAUCAGUGUCUAGUUUGCCUUCCGUUAUGAUGAAUCCAGUUGCUCUUCUCUGAAAACAUCAUAACAUUUCAUAUGUGUUCCAAUGUUUUCAGUUUAACACCCUUUUCGUCUUUGCUUUUCAAAAUUGAAGUGCCCCUUGUGGUUGAUGGGUUGCUUAAUAGGAUUUGCUCGUUUAUCCCUACGUAAUUUUAGGAGGCGACUAAAUGGGUUCGAAUAAAUGAAGUCUAUACAUCUCUUAGCUCCAGAAGGUAUGGUGGUUUUGGCCCUGGUGUUGCUUUAAGGUUGUAAAAAAAACCUGAGGAUAGCCAAGAUCAGUUUUCUUGAUUCUAACAUAUGACAUCAAACCAAACAAACAAAACGAACAACAUAAAAAAUGACGCACUCCAAUUUAAUGGAUAGUCCAGUCACUCAUUUCUCAUAACAGUUAAAAAUAAACACAAUACCGUACUUCUGCCUUAGUGGAAAGUUUGCAUUAUUCAGGGCUUUACAAUUGUACUACAUGUAUAUUAACGUAAUAAAUGUAAAAGUAAUUGUUUACGGUAUGCUAAUUUGCUUAAAAUUUAGCAUUAGAAAGGCGGUGCAUUAGAUUUGUUAAGUGUUAGUGCUUAAAAGUUACUGUUAAAGUGGACUUUAAAAUCAUUGCUCUUUGUAAUCUGUUAUUCUCAUUGGUAAAUGAAAGGUAUCAUAUGUUUGUAUUUGUAUAUUUUGCUAACUUGUUUCAAUGUAAAACAUUGUGUUCUCUAGUAUUAUAAAUUACGAAAUUAUUAAGAAAUAAAAUUGAUCAUAUU